AUGUCUAACAUGAUGAAUAAGUUCGCUGAAAAAUUACAAGGUAACGAUGAUUCCCAUCAGAAGGGAAAGAACGCCAAAUCCUCCAACAAGGAAAGGGAUGAUAUGAACAUGGACAUGGGUAUGGGUCAUGAUCAGUCCGAAGGGGGAAUGAAGAUGGGCCAUGAUCAAUCUGGAACAAAGAUGAACGCUGGCAGAGGAAUUGCGAACGAUUGGAAGACUUACGAAAACAUGAAAAAAUAA